CACGAGUCAAAUUGAGUUGCCCAUACAACUGGGAAGACGGCAGCCAGUCGCACAUGGCAUCCUCCGUCUUAUGGCAUUGUUGCCGACUGAAUCGUCAUGGAAUGAAGGAUAUGGAGGAUUGGAACUAUGCGAUCACGUUGCCAGCGCUGGAUGUCCUACACAAUCUUCAACUCACUCCUCUAACCGCGAUGCCGGUUGUUCAUCCUCCGAGCAUUACCACUAUACGGCGAAUGGAGGGGCAGUACUGGAGUCGCAUGCGACAACACUUGAAGAUGUGAAAACGAAUUUUGUGAAUAUCGUACCAUCACCAGAGAAUACCGCUGUGAGCAGAGGUGCCUCGCCCAUUCCACACGUAGUUUGGGAUGGAGAACCCGUUCUUGUCGCAGAAUCACACGACACUUUCGACUUGCCUGAACUUCUGAAGGAGGAUUUAACAAAUCAUAAUGAUACAUUCAAUCACGUAAACCGGGUAGACAAUCCAAUUCGCUUCGUCACCAAGGUCCAGAAGAUUAGGCGGCAGCGUCAGAAAGUCCAAACUCUCCGGAUUCAGGCAAGAGAUGAACGGAGCAGGAUGAAAGAUACGCGAAAUCGACUACAAGAAGCCUUUCGCAACUUCCUUGACGCAGGCGGAACAAUUCCUCCCCAAGAAAAUAGUCAUGACAGUGCGACGGCCAGCUUGCGAGAGAUGAAUGCGACUUUCAAAGAGCUGGAAGCCCAGGAUAUUGACCUUGAUAUGGUGGAAUCGACUCUCGUUCCAGCAGAAUGGGAAUUGAAAGAUUCCGAGCAACAACUUUACGAGGACAUAUUAGGGCCGUCAGCUUCUGAUGGGAAUGACUCCGAGAUCAGCGUUCAAGCGAUCAAAAGGAUUCCAGAGACUCUCCAUGAUGGACCAAACCAGAAUUACGUUAAUGUGCAGUCGCCGAAGCAUGAGCUAACUAGUCAAGAACGACUAUCUUCACUAGCCCGGAAAAGAGAGGAAGUCAAGGAUAGGCUGCUGGAUCUCACAAAAGAGCACACUGCGCUCCAGGAAGACGUGCAGAUGAGAACAGCGGUUGGUCUACCUGUGGACAAAUUCUCACAAGAGGCUCUAGGAGCUUUUCCGAAGCGCCGGGCGCAGUUGAUGAGAGAGUUGGCUGACCUGACCAUGGGCAUCAAUACCUUGAAUGACAUGGUUACUGAAGGGCCGGAUCUGAUGUCAAAGGAGUCAGAUGCACUUUUUGGCCACGAUCAAUUUGACGACCUGCCAACCGACGAAGCGAUGAACCAGGAAUCUCUGAUUGAGAGUGAUGAAGCUCUGCAUCUCCGCCCCCGCGACCAUGAGGAACGAAAUAAGGACAUUCUUCCUUUUCUGGCCCAGCCUAUUCUGGACACCAUGUCCCAUGUCUCGAGUCUAGAAGAACAACUCGCUGUUCCUCCCCCUGCUCAAUACUCGUCUUUCGCGUGGGAUCUGCUUGGCCGGGACGCGGAGUCCAUUUCAGUCUUUGUCUCCAUGUGGAUUCUUGGGUGUGUACGGUCCUCGUGGUGGUCCCUGAUUCGCUUCAUCUUCAUGAGUGAUCUCGACGGGAUAACGUCGAGCAAGACGGUGGAAGACUAUAUCAAGCCAACCUGGUUUCAAAGCGACCCGGACCAUGCCCCUGAAACUUAUUGCAGCGAGGAUCCAGAAUGUUCUGGGUUUUUAGGGGACGCGGUCCUUACGCCUUUGUCUGAUGCUACCGACGACCAAGAAGUCAUCCAGUGGGAGAGUCGCCCUUUAACCCGAAGGCAUAGCUCAGGAUACUCGGCGGCGGCGGUCCACAGAAGGCCAUCCAACCAUACUUAUCCGAAGACAAGCUGA